AUGACCAUUUCUUCUCAGAAUUCCCGCGAGCCAACUAGCUCGCCGGAUCAUGGAGUCUCGCGCGAGCUACCUUUGCUCGAAAAAGCUGACGCUCCGGGCGCGGACUCCCGGGUUUCCGCAUCGUUCUGUCCAGACUCGCCGUCACGAGGCUCGCGUGCCGUCGCCCCUUGUCGCCAGCCCUGCUCGUCUGCGUAUCUGAAGCUGCCCACUCCGUCUUCUCAGUGUUCCUUUUCUUCUUCCGCGUCGUUCCUUCCUCACCCGCAGGCCGCAGCGGCCAGCCGCGGACGGCGCAAGAGUCCGCCGCGUGUCUUGCGCCCCCCGCCGUCUUCUUUUUCCCGCUGGCGAGUGCCACAUACCCGCUUGAGGGACGAGCUGCAGCAGCCCCGCCACCUGCCGUUUUUUCUUUGGCAUGACGGCGAUGGCGGUGCGGCGUGUGCUGCGGGCUCGGGGUCCGCCAACGCGUCUCACCCAGGCGCGCGCGAGCAGGAAGCCUCUUUUUUCCCUCUUCGUCUCGAGAUGGGUUUCGACGUCGACGCGCCUGCGCCCUGUUCGCCUGCGCUGAUCCCCGUGACCUCCUCCUAUGUCUCUGGGCUCUCUGGAGCGGAUGAGGGAUGCGGCAUUCACAGGAGUCGCUUUCGUCUCUUCGGCUGGCAGGCCGAGGAGGGCGCUGGCGAGAGGCGAAGAAGUCUGGACACCGUCCCGCCGCUCGCCUUCCCUGCGAGAGCCGCGGACGCGCAUGCGGGCGGCUUCACAGCCGGCGGGCGAAGGAGCAAGUCCAGUCGCAGACUCUCUAACAUCUAUCAGCGACUGACGCUCGACGCGGGGUUUUCUGACGACAGCGCGACGGGUCUGAGUCCUCGACUCUCCGGUGAAGAAGGCGAGGGAGGCGCGCGCAAAGCCGGUGGAGGGCGCGUCUUCCUCAGGCGCCUGCUUCGACUCCGCCACGGCGCCGCGUUUGGCGGGACGCUGCGGACGGAGAGCCGCGAGAGCGCCGCGCACGUGACGCAGGCGGGCUGGACGGGAUGGUUUUCUGGCCUUAUCUUCGGGCGCACCCCCGAGGCUUCCUCGCCAGCGAGUCUCCGCACGCAGCUCGCCAACAUGUGCAGCCAGUGUUCGCGGGUGUGGCGGAGUCUCUCGACAGACCGGUACAGCGGCGCGCACGCGCUCAGCGUGAACAUCGUGGAUCUGUACGCCGCCUACGACGAAGUCCACGAGGCACCCCACAGCGCGAACCCGCGCGCGGAGGUAGCCACGGCGCGGUCGCCGAGGUCGGCUGCCGGUCACGCAGAUCCCGCGGCGCGGGCAGCUGGGUCCCACUCGCCAGAGGAAGACUCGAUGCCCUUGUCGCCCGAAGGCAAAACUCCGUCUGCAGGCUCGCGCCCAGUCGGCGGCCCUCGCGGCCUCUGUGCCGGGGGCCGGCGGUGUCUCCUCGACGGCAGAGCGCUCCCUGGCGGCGAAAGCGUUUCCUUUUGGAUGGCGCUCGUCUUCAUCGGGGUGCUGACCGCGCUGGUGUCCUACUUUCUGGACUGGGUGGUCGACUUCGUUCUACUUCCUCUUCAAGAAAAUUCAAUUCAGCGGCAUUCCUACGCCGCGAUCCUGGCGUACUCCGUCGCCUGCGCAGUCGUGGCGGCGGGGUGCUGUCUCCUCGUGCCGCAGAGUCAAGGCUCUGGCAUUCCCGAAUUGCGGACGAUUUUGUCGGGCUCGUUUAUUCCGCGUUUUUUCUCUUUUCCGACGUUUUUCGCACGGUGCAUUGGCUUGCUGUCCUGCAUCUGCGGCGGUUUGUCCGUGGGGAAAGAAGGCCCCUUUGUGCACCUGUCGUCCAUCAUCGCGACGCAGCUAUGCCGUCUCGUGCCCUGCUUCCGCGCGCUCGUCGACUCGCCGUCGAAGCUCCUCUCGGUUCUCGACGUCGCGGUGGCUGCAGGGGUCACAGCGACCUUCGGUACGCCGUUUGGUGGAGUCUUGUUUUCGAUUGAAGUCACCGCGACUUUUUUCCUCGUGCAUGCGCUCUGGAAGAGCUACUUUUGCUGCAUCUUCUGCGUCCUCACCUUCCGCCUCCUCCACGAGACGUUCUCGCCCAUCGAACAACUCUACCAGGGCGCGCAGCUGCCGGCUUUCGAUCUCUCGUGGGAAAUCCUCAACUUUGCUCUCCUCGGCGCGAUCUGCGGCUGCCUCGGCGGUACGUUCGUCUGGAGCGCGAGCAAAGUCCUCCAGCUUGCCAGGCGCCACGCGUACACGACAGGCCUGCGUAAAAUCUUCUUCGUCUGUGCGGUCAUGCUCCUGCUCAAUCUCAUCAGCAACCAUUCGGUCGUCCUCAAGAGCGAGGAUCGGCUGAAGUUGGGCGAAUUCUUCGAUGUGGAGAACCUCAAUAGAGACCGAUGGGGGUGUCACGAGCUCCUCUCCCUGGCGCUGUUCGCCGUCUUCAAGUUCGCCGCGACGAUUCUCUCCGUCGCUUGCCCUGUACCUGCUGGCGUGUUCACCCCUAUCUUCGUCUGUGGAGCCGCGCUCGGGCGGCUGUACGGCUCUGUGCUGCACCGCUUCCGCCCCAGCCUGUCGUCCCCGGCCGCCUAUGCGCUCGUCGGCGCGGCGUCCCUCGCUGCCGGCACGACUCGGACCAUCAGCGUCAGCGUGAUUGUUUUUGAACUCACAGGGAAACUCAGCCACAUGAUUCCGGUGCUGCUCUCCGUCUUGAUGGCCUACGGCGUCAACAGCUUCUUCACGAUUUCGGUCUACGACGUAAUGCUCCUUAUCAAAGACCUGCCGUACGUGCCCAAACUGAAAUCCAAGUACGCCUACAAUCUGCAGGCGAAGGACAUCGUCGCCGCCGCAGCUUAUAGUCGGAGUCAGGCAGCCUGGAGAGCGAGGCGCGGAGAAGAAAGGAGAGGGUGGCGAAGCACAGGAGCAGUCGAGUUGCAGGACGUGGGGGGGUCCGGACCAGGCAAGGCUGGAGCCCCUCAGCCGAACAUUUGUGGAGCAACUUCUCCUCCACACGCCUGGCGACACGACGAAGCACAGCGAGAGGGCUGCCGUCGCGACUCUGCAGACUCCUGUGGCGCCGAAAAAACAGACAAAGGCGCGAAGGACCGGGCUGCGGCAGCGCGACGGCGCGAGGACCAAGCAGCUACCCGCCUCGACUUCGUCACCGCUUCUGCGGGAAGCGCCUCGGGUGUGCCUGCAAUCCAGCGAGGCCAGAGGCGCGUCGGGUGUCAGGGGCAGGGUUUUCUUUCUCCGCGGCAGAACGAGGAGAGUAGUGUGAUACAGGUAGAGGAAGAUGUGCGACAGGGCGAGCGCGGAUUUGCGCUAUCCGACGUCUUCGUGCCGCCUGCAGAGCAAGACGAGGAAGCGGAGACGUUCGUUGUGGCGCUGGACAAAGAAAACGGCACUGUUCUGGACCUCAUCCUGUGCCGUCUCCUCUACUCAGGGGUGGCUGUUCCUGUGGUGUCGAGUGUCGCGCGUCCUCGAGUCGACGGCGCGUUGUCUUUGGCGGCUCUCGACGGCUACCUGUCUUCCCUCCGUCUUUCGUUCUCUGCAACGGCGCCAUCGCCUUCCUCCUUGGCCUUCUCGCCACUCGCGCGUUCGCACUCGCGCUACGUCGGCGCGCUCCUCCAGAAGCGAAAGCGAAAUUCGCUCAAGAAACUCGGCAAAAAAGUGAGGAAACUGCUGCUCUCGCCCGGGUCCGCCCCCCGCCACGCCACACCACGACGGAGGCGGCUGCGGCGGAGACGCAGGGACAGUUUGGGUGAAGAGAGCGAGGGAGGCGGAGACGCGCCGGUCGCGAGCGCAGACGACCGUUGGGGAUGCGGGCAAAGUCUCGACAGAGAAUGGCAAGGUGAAACAGAGGGAGGUGACGAGCGAAAAACCGAAGAAGCAAGGACGUACGAACUGUCACCGGAUCGGGAUGAAGCAGAAGACUGUGAAGGAGAGCUGCUGCAACCAGCAGGCGACGGAGAAGCAGACGGAAGCGAGAAAAGGGAGAAUAGCUCAAUAUCCGAUGUAUACGAGGCGGCCGACGAGAGUGAGGGCGAAGGGGAAGACACCAAGCCGCGAAGCGAUCUCAUCCGCCGCAGUGUUUCGCCUCCGGAGGAAGCAAGGCUUUCAAGGGGGGCGGAAGAAGACAGCGGCUAUCAGAAGAGGAAGCGACGCAGUUGCGGUCGCAGACAGCGAGAAGCAACGAGCGGGCGAAUGUCCCCUUCUCGCCCGCCGUCAGCGCAGAGCUGCCGCGCAGCGCGGCGCGGCGCUCCAACCUUCCUCGCAGCCUCUCCUUCCCCCCCUGAGUCGUCGUUCUCCAUGGCGUCCUCAGAACUGCGCAACGGUUCGCAGGCGUCGCUCUGCUUGAAUUCCGCUGGCAGCUCCUCUUCGUCCCUUGGAGGUAUGUCUGUCUUUCACCAGACACAUCCCGAUGCGGCAUCUCUGCGCCCGAGGUCUCCAGGCCGUUCCCCGCCUGGCAGAGAUAACGCAUCCAGCUCGCGAGGCGAUCCCGUUUGCAGGCGCGCUGGGCUGCGAAGAGAGACGCCAGAGAACAGGAACCACGUCGACCGGCAAGCGACAGAAGGCGACGCAGAAAGCGGGGAGCGCGGUGGCUUCCGCAAGGCGCCAACGAGAGAAGACGAAGAGAACGCGCGAGCGUUAGACGCUCUGGUGUGGCGGGUGCUCGGGCACAUGCUCUGCGUGUGCUCGCCCUCGGAAAUGCUUUACCUCGACAGCCUGCCAAUCGACUGGGGGCGCCUGGAGAUAGACGCUGCGCCUCUCUGCGUGCUUCCCGAGACGCCUGUGAGCAAAAUCCACUUCAUGUUUACCAUGCUCUUCCUAGGACAGGUCUUUGUCUCGGAUAACGAGGGCUUGCUCGUCGGCGUCAUCACCAAGCAGUCCUUACUCCACGCAGACAACGCGGUGCACUCGUCGCUCGGAGGCAGUCGCACGCGGCGAAGCAGUUCAGGUCCAGUGUGGGAGACUUUUCAGCUUUUCACGCUUCUCAAAGGCGAAGUCGCGCGCCUGUUUAGUCUCGAGCUUCGAGGCCACGGUGGGGGGCAGGGAGAGGAGGCGCAUGCGCGGGCGGGGACCGAGGCGGUGCGAGUGAGCUACGCGAGAGGAAGAGAAUGA